GUAAGAAAGCCUUCACUGGCUUCACUUCAGGAUAGAUUCAGAAGUUUUAAAAGACUCAAAAAGUAAAGUAACUUACUUGGCAAUUAGAUCUAGAUUCUAGAUCUAUACAUAAAACACUGAAACAUAAUCUUCAAAUACAAAAACAAAAUUUAAUAAAAUACUCAGUAAGACACAAAGAUAAAAAUAAAGGUAGGUCUAUUCACAGUUCAGUCUAAAAUGAAUGUAAUACUAGCUGUGAAGCAGUAUGUUAGCAAGAUGAUAGAAGGAUGUGGAGGAGGCAUGAAAGUGCUGUUGAUGGACAGGGAAACGACUAGCAUAGUCAGCAUGGUGUAUGCACAGUCAGAAAUACUGCAGAAGGAAGUUUAUUUAUUUGAGCGGAUAGAUACAGCAGGCAGGGAGACCAUGAAACACUUAAACUGCAUUGUCUUCUUACGUCCUACCAAAGAAAAUGUUGAUCUGUUGGCUCAGGAACUACGGAUGCCUAAAUAUGGACUUUAUUUUAUAUAUUUUAGCAAUGUCAUUAGUAAACAAGAUGUAAAAGUCUUAGCAGAAGCUGAUGACCAGGAAGUUGUCAGAGAAGUACAGGAAUUUUAUGGAGAUUACAUUGCAGUGAAUCCCCAUCUGUUUUCCCUGAACUUAGUUGGCUGUUGUCAGAAUUUGACAUGGUUUCCUCCCUUAUUGUCUCGUACAAUACAAGGACUUUCCUCUGUGCUUCUUUCUUUGAAGAAGUGCCCCAUGAUUCGUUUUCAAAAUUCUUCAGAAAUGGCCCGAAGGCUUGCAGAUAGCAUAAGGCAAGUUAUAAACAAAGAGGCAGCAUUGUUUGAAUUCAGAAAGACAGAUGUGCCACCUGUGUUACUUAUACUUGAUAGGAGAGAUGAUGCAGUCACACCACUUCUAAAUCAGUGGACAUACCAAGCUAUGGUUCAUGAGCUUCUGACUAUCAACAACAACAGGAUCAAUCUUUCUACUGUCCUUGGAAUAUCCAAAGAUUUGCAAGAAGUUGUCCUGUCUGCAGAGCAUGAUGAGUUCUAUGCCAAUAACAUGUAUUUAAACUUUGGAGAGAUUGGCUCCAACAUCAAAGAGUUAAUGGAAGAAUUUCAGAAGAAAUCCAAAAGUCAAGCAAAAGUGGAGUCUAUUGCUGACAUGAAGGCUUUCGUAGAAAAUUACCCACAAUUCAAGAAAAUGUCUGGCACAGUCUCCAAACAUGUGACAAUAGUAGGGGAGCUGUCUCGCCUUGUCGGCGCACAUAGCUUGCUAGAAGUUUCAGAGGCAGAGCAGGAGAUAGCAUGUCAGGGAGAUCACUCUACUUUACUGCAGCGUAUACGAGCUCUUUUGGCCAACGACAAAGUGCGACAUAUUGAUCUACUAAGGCUUGUCAUGUUGUAUGCUCUCCGCUAUGAAAGUCACAGCAACAACGAUGUUUCAGGUCUUGUGGAUGCAUUAAAACAGAAAGGCAUUUCUGUGGAAAAUAGGACAAUGGUUCAAGCUAUAUUAGAUUAUGGAGGUAAAAAAGGGCGAGGCAGUGAUUUAUUUGGCAAUCAAGACGCUGUGGCCAUCACUAAAAGGUUGCUGAAAGGCUUAAAGGGAGUAGAGAAUGUUUACACUCAACACAAGCCUCUGAUACACACUUUGUUAGAUCAGUUGAUUAAAGGAAAACUGAAGGAAGCUAGCUACCCUUACCUAGGAACUGGACAACUCAAAGACAGACCACAAGAUAUAAUAGUAUUCAUCAUUGGUGGCUGUACUUAUGAGGAAGCUCUUGUUGUGCAUAAUUUCAAUAGGACCAUGCCUGGUGUUAGGAUUGUACUUGGUGGUACCAAUAUUCUCAACUCCAAGAGUUUUUUGCAGGAGGUUUCCAUGGCAAUAGGAAACCCUUCAAAUCCAGUUCAGGCUGGAAGAACAGUACGACCUUGAGGAUACUGGAAAUAUUAUUCAAAAUAAUUAGCAUUGUGUUUUGUAAGAGAAAGAGAGGAUUGAAUUUGUGGCUGUUGUUGAAAUCAAAAAAUACUUUUCUUUCUUAAGUCAUAAUCAUAGAUUGACUUAUCACUUUAGGGGUUUGUCAGGUUUUAGUCAGUACUUUAAUAAACAGAGAAAUGUAAAAAUUAUAUUGACCUUUACAUUUUUUUUUUCAAUUAAUGCCUAUUGUUUAUGUCCUAAUGUUAAGGUGUUUUUUUUUAAAUCUCAAACAUUGCUUAUUCAGUGUUUUUUGUUAGUGAGUCCUUUUUUUUUUUUUUUUUUUUUUUUUUAAAAAAGCUUUAAAAAUUUCUAUGACAGAUAAACAAUUUUUUUAAAUUAUGGCAUUUACUUAUGUUGGUACUAGAACACAUAGCAUGUAAAAAAAAAAGUGCACUUUUGUGUGCUGUAAAAACAAAAUAUAGAGUUUUUACUUUCUUCAAAUACUCAAUGCAAGUCUUAUAUCAAGACAUCUGGGCUUACACAUUCAAGUGUUAUGUCAACAUGUCAGGACUUACACAUUCAAGUCUUAUGUGUCAUGGUUAGGGUCCAAUGUCUGUACUGACUUGCUUUUCAAAAGGUCUUUAUAAUAGAUUCUGUUCAUAAAGUCCCCUUUCACAUGAACAUUAUUGAAAGAAAUAUUCCUUAUUUAAUGAAACUAGUAUUGUUUGUGUGUGUGUAAUUCAUUGUCUCCCUAGAUGAGAUUCCUUAUUUGCCUCAUUGGAAAAUAUAUAUAGUUUUUGUUGAUUGUAUAAAAAUGUGCAUUUAUUUGAAACCAGUUAUUUUCUCCUUUUUUUCUUGAUUGCUUAGAAUUGUUAUAACUGUAUGAAGUGGUAAAAGAAGGUUGUCAGGUUGUCUAUAUACAACUUUCAUUCACAGGUCAAACUAAUUGGUUGCUCAUACUAAGCUGGAAAAUGUUCAGAUUGUAAUUUCUGUUUGCCAUAUAUUGGAGGAAUUUAUAAUUAAUAGUAGAAAUAUAAUAUUUGAAAAAUCUUCUGUUUGCUAAAUCAUGAGCUAAUUUCAUAAAAUGUUUUUGUGUCUAGUGCCAUUGUUUGUUUUUUUAAACUAAUAAUAUUUGUUACCUCUAAGUUUAAAACCUGUGUUUUUAAAGUACAAUAUAUUUUACUUUUAAAAACUUACAGAACAAAAUUUAGAUGCCCAAUCAUUCGAGAUUUGGAUUUACAAUAAACAGAUCAAUAAUUGAAUAAACAGCUUUUUGACAGGAACUCUUUGAUAGAAAACAAGCUUGUUCAAGGGAGUUACCUUCCUUAGACAAUGUCCAUGAUGUUUCUUUGUUUUUUGGCAGGGAAAGAAAAAUUGUUUAAACCUAACAUUUAGUAAUGUGGUCUUGGGAAAGGUCGUGAUAUUCAUCUUCAUAUUGAUAGCCCUACAAAAGUCUAUCAUGUGACCAUUCUGUUGUCCCUUCAAAUGUGCAUGUAAAAUCAAGGAGGCUUAAACUUUAGGUUGCAAUAUGUACAUAAUUCUUUUUGCUAUUUAUAUUUUGUUUGUAAAUGUCUGAAUGUACAGAUGGUCUGUAUAAUGGUCAUAUUUAUUUUAUGAAUUGUGAAUAUUGGUGAACAUUCCAUAAAUGGAAUUAUAUCAAGUAGCACAAAGUGGUGACAUGUGCAGAGAUUGAUGAGAAAUGUUUGUCUGAAUAAUACUUUGUAAUGAUAAUUUGUAAUGAUACUUUGUAUACAUUUUAAAGUGUGACAUGAACUGAUACAUUUUUAAUAGGAAUCAGUUGCGUCGCUAGGGAUUUGGUUGCAUAGGAGUUUGACCUCUUAAGGGGCCCCUGCAUUUUGACAUUUGACAUCAUGACAUGUCAUGAGAUAAUGGCUUUAUAUUUAAUGUAAGAACUAAUUUCGGACACUCAUUUGGGGGCCCCCCUGAAGUGGGGGCCUGGGUUAAAUUUGGACCCCCCUCUCCCCCAGCCCUGUCACUGAUGAGAAGUUGUUUAUCCAAUGACUAGCUUAUUGAUUGUUUUUAUGAGUUGUCUUGAUUGUCUAAAAAGUAAAAUUUGUUUGAUAAAUAAAUUAAUAAAACAAA